GUCAAAGCUCAUUGUUUCUCAGCUGUUGUUAACACUUGAGCUCUCCCUUCUUCUUCUCUAGAACGUUGUCUGGAUUCUAAGGGUUCAGCAACAUCCACUACCUUCUUUACCAGGUCUCCAGUUUUUGUUUAUUCAUUAUCGGCUAUAUAUGCAGCCUUAGUCAGUCGUUGAUUGUUUUCGCUGCAGCAAAGCGUCGCAUAUUUUGUUCGUCAAUACCGAUUGACAAUUCCAGACGACUAUGUUAAGCCGCGGGCUAUUACUCGCCUUGGUGGCGUAUGUCGCUGCUCAGUCUAGCAGUGAUGGCGAGCCCUGUGAAGCAAUCGCAUCCGCUCAGUCCUCCGGAAGAGAAACCUUUCCUGCCAAAACUGCCUUCGAUUGUUUAAACUCAGUACCCGUAGACCUGGAAGGUAACGCCGCAUUGAUCGACGAGCUCAAGGAAGUGUGGAAAGUGCAAUCAGAACACGAUUGGCUGAAGAAUCCGGGGGAGGACUGGGAGUACGGGGCUCUCGACAUAGACGCCGAAUUGAACAAGAUCAAGAAGAACCUUGGCUCUUAUCGGAGCGAAUAUGCUGUUCAGCUCGCCAUCCAAAACAUCACCAUCCGCACAGGCAAUUUUCACUUCAAUUAUCGACCAGAUAUCUUAAGUGUAUUCCAGUUCGAACGCCAGUUCGAUAUUGCGUCCAUAUCGUCCAAUGGAACAUCGCUUCCAAAAUUAUACGUAUAUCAAGAUGUCAAAGCUCUGGCAGACGGCCGCAGCGACGUCUCGGAGUUCAGCGAGAUCAACGGACAGGACCCAUAUGAUUUCCUCAAAUCAACUUUCUAUUCGCAAUACAUUGACUCAGAUGGCCAAAUGAACGCCAUGUUUGCCACUGGCGAUACCGAGAGCACUGGUGUGUUUGCAAGCCAGGCGAAAUAUGAUGGACCCUACACCAAUGUUACCUGGGCCAAUGGCACAACGAAAUCUUUCCGAAACACUGCGAUUACACAGCAGACAUUCCGGAUGGUCAUAGAUGGGCCAUCGUUCUUCAGCAAUUUUUGCACUGGUUUACUCAGCGGCGCUAGUAUUACCGGAGCCAACAAGAACAAGGUACCUAUCGCUCCACGCGCUCCCGGACCGAUCCCGCGAAUUCCUUCAAACGUCUAUCACCUCCGAAACAAACGUCAAAGUAUUCCAGAAGGCGGCAACUACACCGAUGCCACUGUUGCCAGCGAGGCUAGCAGUGGCGCUGUAGCUGGCUAUUUCCUGAGUGGCAACGGAUACGACGAUGUUGCUGUGCUCAAGAUUAUCUCUUUCAGCGACCCUUCCGAUGAGGAAGCCGAGGGAUAUGACUUCAACAACGAAUUUCAAACAACCGUGAAAGAGUUCCUCGCCAAAUCCAUACGCGCAAAGAAACAAAAACUCAUCAUAGAUCUGCGCGAGAAUGGAGGAGGUGAUACUUCACUUUUGCUCGACACGUUUAUGCAGUUGUUCCCUGAUAUGGAACCUUUCUCAGGCCAGCGAUACCGGGCUACCGAUGCGUGGAUCAAGAUUGGCAAUGCUGUCAACGAAAUACACAACGACCAAUCCAAAGUCCGCAAGUUCCAGAAGCUUACGGAAUCCUCGCUUGAUAACUACUACCGAUACUGGGCUUGGUGGGAGUUUCGAACAGCUGAAGGUGAUAACUUCGACAGCUGGGACCAAUUCAACGGGCCUCUCCUGCUAAAUUCUGACAACUUGACCGUAACGAUGCGCUACAACUACUCCAACACAAACGAUGUAUCCAUCCGCUCCUCCGGCUUCGACUUCACCAACGCAACCAACCGCGCAACCCCCUUCUCCAGCGAAAACGUCGUAAUGUUCACCGACGCCAUGUGCGGCUCCUCCUGCGCCUCCUUCCACGAAGAGCUCAAAAACAUCGCCGGCGUCCGCGCCGUCACCGUCGGCGGCCGCCCAGAAAACAAGCCCAUCCAAACCAUCACCGGCACCAAAGGCGGCGAAGUAGUCCCGCUCAUCGACUUCCCAAAAUUCGCCUUCGGCCUACUCAACAUCUCCUCAGACCUAGGCCUCAAAACCAUCUCCGCCACCGACGCCACGCUCUCCAAACUCGCAAACUCGUCGCAAAUCGCUAUCAGGGCCGGCGACUCGUCCAGCCGCGCGCAGAGCCAGGACCAGAUUCGAAAGGGUGAUAGCACGGGCACUCCGCUGCAGUUCAUCUACGAGGCCAGCGACUGCAGGAUCUUCUACACGCCUGUUACGUUUUCCGACCCCGACGCUGCGUGGAAACAGGCGUUUGACGCGUGGCAGAAUAAUCAGAACUGUGUCGCUGGCUCCACGGGCCAUAAGAGCUCCAUAUCAGGCGGGUACAAGCCGUUUGGCGUCAAGUCGUUGAGCGACGCGGAUCAGCCUGAUGAGCCCGCGAGUGGGGAUGGUGCGAGUACAUCGAAUUCUGCGCAUGGGGCGAGGGUUAGUGGGGUGGUGGGCGUGCUUGCUGUGGCGGUUGCGGCGUUGAUGAUGUAGGUGUGGAUGUGGGUGUGAGGGGAUUUUGGAAAGUGGGUUCUUUGGCGUGGCGUUUGCUGCGGUUUAUCUUUUUAAUUUACGAUUUUGGAGAGGGAAAGGACUGGGAGGAGAGGAGAGGAUUGUACAAUAUGAUACCACGCACAGUACCUGCUGUUGCGAAACAAAACGCAUCGCAACGAGAUGCGACGCGACGAAUAUCAGAAUUAUUCACG